UCCGGCGCCCGCCGCAGACCGCGCGUUCUUGGGAUUACGCCGCUCAGCUCUGAGCAAGUCGGCUCAGCCGAUUGGCGCUCUCGGCGCUCACUUGUACAGCGCGCCGCUUGCGCUUCGGCCGCACUUGGACAGUUGCUUCCUCUCGUCCGCUAGACGACGACGAAGCCCGUCGGUGCUCAUGCACCCUUCACGGACGCUCUCCGCGCUCCUCGUCUGGACGCUGCUCGUCACUUGUCACGGCACCCCGGUGCGCUACAAGGACCAAGAUGACGAUCCAGUGGUGGAAGAGGACGAAGCUGAGGCACCAUCGUACGUGGGUCAGGAAGGCGGGCAAGUGGAGCUGCCGUGCGCCGCCCUUCACGCUCGGCAGGCCGCCACGCAGGCAUCGCCCGUGCGCGUCGAGUGGCACCGGCGCGGCGACGUGGACCCAGAGCCCGUGUACGCGGUCCAUUUCCCGGGCCGCGCCAACCUAAUGCAGGGCCGUCACCAGCCGCGAAAGGACUGGUCGCCGCGUGCCUACUUCGCCGUGCUUGGAUCACCAGCCGCACUCAAGGUCAAGGCUCUGGGCCUCGCCGAUGCGGGCGUCUACACCUGCCGGGUGACACGCUCCGACGGCAGUGUUCAGGCGUCCAUCGUCCGCCUGUCCGUACUCGGGCCACUGGAACCUCCGGUAAUCAGGGAUGAAAGUGGCAACAUCGUCAACGAGACGGCUGGUCCGUAUAUGGAAGGGGACGUGGCUACACUUGUGUGCCAAGUCAAAGCUGCAGGCAGCCCGGCUCCCGAAGUGCGCUGGCUGCGGCGGCCACGGCGGCCGUCGAGUGACGACGACGAGGAGCCGGUGCCUGGAAGCGCCGUCACCACGGUGUCGUCGGCGCUGGACGACGCACAGGAAUCGGUGCUGGUGCUCAGCAAGCUGCGCCAGGGCCCGCUCACUCGCGCCGAUCUGCUCAUCCAGCUUGUCUGCGAGGUGGACAAUGGCCUUGCGGCGCCAGUGCGCACCACGGUGCGCGUCGACAUGCUCCUUGCCCCCCUGACGGUCCGAAUCUUGCGUGCGUCGGGUGGCGCGCUGACCGCCGGCCUGCCCGUCGAACUGGUCUGCGAGGCACGCGGCUCGCGGCCCCCGGCGCAGCUCACCUGGUGGAAACGUGGCGUGCAGCUCGCUCAGAGUUUCGGCCAUGCGUCUUCUGACGGCAACGUCUCAACUUCGGUGGUGAGCUUCACGCCUUCGGCCCAGGACCACGGCCAGGGACUGCGGUGCGUGGCCCGGAACCCCGCACUUCCCCCAUCGGCGCCAGCGCCCCACGACAAAUGGGCCAUGAACGUCUACUACAAGCCGAACGUGACACUGCGACUCGGACAACCGUUUCGCGAUCUUGAGAUUCAGGAAGGCGGCGACGUCUACCUCGAGUGCCACGUGAACGCAAACCCACCAUCCUCCGAGGUGCACUGGUCAAAGGACGGCGUCGAAGACUUUGCCACCAAGACGCUGAAUGGCUCGACCCUUCCCGACGUUAUCAUCUCUGGCCGCUUCCUGGCGCUCCAGAAAGCCCGGCGCAGUUUCUCUGGCCGCUACGCCUGCAGCGCCACGAACAGCGAGGGCGCCACUACCAGCAACUCGCUUCGCCUGAAAGUGCUGCACGCUCCGACAUGCGUGGAAGGGGCACCCAUCGUGUACUCGGCAUCUCGCCACGAGCCCGUGCGAGUCACGUGCCGUGUGGCCGCGUCACCUAAAGCGGUGCGCUUCCGCUGGAGCUUCAGCAGCAGCACGCGGCGUACCGAGCUCACCGACUUCGUGGUGUUGGGGCCCGAGGCGGACCCGGAAGGCACGCCUGUGCUCGACGGAGACUCACCCACCGUGGUCUCCGUGCUCGAGUACACACCGCAGUUCCAGAGCGACUUCGGCACGUUGCUUUGUUCAGCCAGCAACUCGAUGGGGGAUCAACGAGAGCCCUGCACCUUCCACGUCGUGCAGGCUGGUCCUCCCGAACCCUUGGAGAACUGCAGCGUCACCAACCUGACUGAGCGCAGCUUUUCCGUGGAGUGCCGCGAAGUGCGCUCGCCGUCGGCUCCGGCGGCCGGCGGCCAGUCGCCAGUGCCUGGCACGGGAGGCAGCGGCGGCGCCUCGCUGGUGGCCGCCGCACAGAGACCCUCGCUGCUGGCGCGUCCCCCCGAGAACCUCGUCUACGUGCUUGAAGUCUACGGGCCGCCCGAAGGCUCGUCGAUGCAGAGAGGCGUUUCCGCGUCGCAGCACCAGGUACUGGUGCGGAACGUGAGCGGUCCAGAACCACGCUUUCGAGUCGGCCAGCUGUGGCCGGGCACUGAGUUCGAGGCUCGCGUGUUCGCGGCCAACUCCAAGGGACGCAGUAGGCCCUUCCGUCUGAACGCUUGCACUCUGCCCCCGGCUGAAGCUCUGCUCGACAAAGUUCCCACUUGGACCCUGGGAUUUUCGAUCCUUCACUGGCUCCUCCUCGUCCUGUUCCUUGUCCUAAUUAUCGUCGCCGUAGUGCUGCUGAUUUGGUUCCGUCGACGAAUGCAGCGCAACACUACCGAAGGAACUAACAAGACCACUACUGAAGUUCAAGAGCCUUGGUGUGGCCAAAUGGCUCAGACAGUGCCCGUGACCCGCAGCCGGAGCAGCAUCAUCUCCACGAAAGACGAAAUUAUGGUCCUGGACAAAAGAAAAGACACAGUGGACGUAUGAUUAUGAUGCCGUGCUUCGUGAAGUCAUGGUGGCAGGCAGGUGAAUGGUAUCGAGGAUGCGGGGAAUGCGCUUUUGGGUGGAAAACCACUCAACGCGCAGGUGCCUGAGCACGCCGGCGUCGCCCUUGUUGUGUCCCCCGAUGGUCUCUACUUUUCCUACAAAGCUACAGCGCAGUGGCGGAUUCCGCUCAGAACCACAGAGGAUCGACGUCAUGAACUAAGAAUUCUGCCGAGUAUCAAUGAACCUGAAUUCGCCACUGCGUAUAAACAAAACAAAAAAGCACAAAAAAACGAGAGGGAGACGAAUGACGGAAGCCGGAGCAGAGCGAAGCAAACUGGAGGAAAACUUCGGUCGUGAUCCCGGUGGACGCCGCCGUGCUCGCACCGGCGAGCGACUCGAGCCCCCCGCGGCCUGCUCGAGGAGCCGCCCCCGCAACCCCGUGACUGUGAUGAACCCCGCGUGUGUGCGCAAAACAACCGCGGACUGGCGAAAAAGGACUGGUCGGCUUCCCCUUGCGGAAGCCGCGAGCGCUCUUGGGGCCCCAGCAGCGGCCUCCGCCGAGACUGACGUGACAGACGGUGUCGGCAUGCGGCUUACAGGGCGCUCGUUGCCUGCGGCUGCCGGCGCGCGCCGCGUGGCUCCGACGCCUCAGCCAGUAGCAGAUUCAGCAGACGUGCUUCAUCGCACUGGAGCUGGCCUCUGGGGCUGAACGCUCGGACGCAGAAACAGAAGCUGACUCUCCUGCACUUGGCUAUCUGUCACGCUGCGUCUUACUUCUAGUGGCAUGGAUGUUUGCGGCCCGUUCGCUGUCUUGCCCGAUGCCGCGGGCGGCGCCCGCAUCUGUGACCACCGUGACCGCCCCAUCGAUAACCCGGCCGCGCUCUGCCCCUUCGUUCUGUGUUUCUAGCGCCCACUGCCCGCACAGGUGUCAAAGCCAACUGUUCAGAGAAAGUGGCGGCGUCCGUUUUCCUUUCGGUGCAAGGAAGGCAGGAAAAAAAAGAAGGAACUCUCGCAAGAAGCUGACUGUGUUCUGCGUCGGACGGUGCUGCGACACGUGGACUCCGCGAGCCGCUGCAGGGCUCCGCUCUCAGCGCAUUGGUCGCCGAUGUGGUUGAAUCGCUCUUCAGCCGCGACUCAGCUCAAUGUAUGGUUUAUGAAGCCUGUUAAAAGAGAAUCAAAUAUAAGAAUAAUAUAUAUACACGCGUACAGAAAUAAAAUAUAUAUGUAUAUACAUAUAUAUCAUAUCUACAUCUACAAGCGUCAGUUACCCGCACUCUCUUUGCCCUUCGCCCGUGCGCACGAGGCACAACCCUCCUUGUACAAAGGCCGAUGUCGUUGAUGUACGUUUGUUGGAUCGUUGGAUCACCCAGCCCCUCUUUCACGGUCUAAACGGCCGCUUUCAGACGGUGUAUAGGUAUAUCUACGUGUGUGUGUGCAUGUUAGUUCGUGGAUAUCUUUUGUUCUCUUGUUGAGAAACGUAAGCUGUAAGAGUGAUAUUUGCGUAAUGUGCAUACAAAGGUACGGCGCCAUUAAUUUUGUUAAUGUUUUGAGAAAAAAAAACAUAAUUACUGUUUUGUGGGAACGUGCCUUACGCCUUUGUUUUGCUGUUUAACCAGUGUAUCUCCUUGCUGUGUAAAUAUUUAACAAAAAGUGUGUUGAUAUCAAUAAAGUAUACUU